AUGAGUGAUCAACAACCCCCUGUCCCUCAGGACAUCCAGAAUGAGGGUCCGCCUGUGAAACGAGCUUGCAUGAACGAUACGCCGCCGAUCGCAUUGACGCCGGCGGAUGAUGGAAGCGAUUUCUACAAUACUCCUUUGGCGAUAGGGACGCCGGUGACUAAUAAUGAGAAUCAACAAACCUCUGCUCCGACUCAACCUAGCGAACCUGCCCCGGCUACCUCUGCGCCGCUUAUCCCCGGGUUGAAUCUGGUCAACAAUAGCCUCAAGGACCUGCAGUCGGUAACGAGCGAGUCGAAUACUGCCUGGAGCUCUCCCAACCCCGAGAGUGUUACGAUAACGCAGGACCAGAAUGCCUCCCAGUCAUCCAUUUCGCAGGACCAGCCAGAGACGACCGCAGAAGUGACCAAAGAGACUGGGCUCCAAAAUCAUGAUGCGAUGGAGGUGGAACCGACCGGACAACAGCACAACCAGACCGAGACCUCGAAUUAUAAGCCCGAGGAGACUGUCACCAAUGGCGAGAACACCAAUGAACCCAGUAGCGCCGCCGUCGCAGGCCCUACCGAACAUGCGCAAGCCGAGGGGGAGGAGGGAGAAGAAGAACACCCUGAAUGGGAAGUUGAUUCCUCUCCCUACGAGUCCUCGUCCGAUAGCUCCGAUUCGUCCGAUGACAGCUCCUCUGAAGACGAAGAUUAUCCGAUUCUCAGCCCCGAAGAACAAGCGCGCAUCCUGAUGCAGGCCGAACUCGGCUCCGACGACGAAGGAGAUGGCAAAGGCAAAUCGGGUGGUCACAUUCGGACGGCAAACGAGGUUAUGGAGGAGGCUCCUGCUCUCCCCGAAGUUACCAUCACCCCGGAUAUGAAAAUCGUGCUGUUGGGUAAUGUGCAGGCUAUCGUUGAGAACACCGUUCUGAUUUCGGCGAAUACCACCGGAGAAUACCAGGUGCUUGAGGGCGGCUCCCUGCUUUGUUUCGAAGAUAGGAGCAUUGCUGGCGUAGUUGCUGAGACAUUGGGACGGGUUGAGAACCCGUUGUACACGGUGCGAUACCCUGACGCCGCUACUAUCGAGGCGCGCGGCCUCACCAAGGACAAGCCGAUCUACUACGUCGAAAGCCAAUCGACAUUCGUCUUCACCCAACCCCUCCAAGGAAUGAAGGGAAGCGAUGCGUCAAACUUCCACGACGAAGAAAUUGCUGAGGACGAGGUUGAGUUCUCUGACGACGAAGCCGAAGCUGAAUACAAGCGGAAGUUGAAGCAGAAGCGCCAGGAGAAGAAGGAAGCUAAACAUGGCGAUGGCUCGAGGGCCAAACGAGGACCGCCUGGUCCCUCCAAGCUUAACCAGAGCGAGCUCAACUAUGAUGAUAAUACCGGCGAAGAUGGUUACACGCCACUGGCGCGCCCUAAGAACCUGCAUGAAAUGAUGGGCCGACAGGAGGCGCCGGUGGAGAGUGACGACCCCCAUUCCAGGAGCGCUGGCUUCCACGGUGGCCGCGGUCGAGGCCGAGGCUCUGACCGUGGACGAGGAGGCCGUGGACGGGGAGGCCCCAGACCUCAGCAUCAUGACCGCCAACCCUAUCACCAGCAGCAGGGUCCCGAGUCACAGCCCCAGGCUCAGCCCCAGGCUUCUCACUUCAACCCUCAAGCCUACCAACAAAAUCAGCAGCCUGCCUACAAUAUGCCUCAGCAGAUGCCGUCUUACCCUGGCUUCCAGCCCCAGAUGCAGCAGCAACAGCCGCAGCAACAGCCAUUCCCUCAGGGCAUGUUGCCUUUCAACUUCCAAAUGCCGUUCCAACAGGCCUACCAGCAACCCAACCCGUACCAGCAACUCCCCUCCAACGCCCACAUCAACCCCUUAUUCUUUGCGGCUUUGCAACAGCAUCAACAGCAACAGCAACAGCAACAACAGCAGCAGCAGUAUCAGCCACAACAGCAGCAACAGUAUCAGCAACAACAGCAAGUUCCUGGUCAGCAGCAGAUGCAAAACCCUUCGAUGAACUUUGACCAGGUCAAAGCGCAAUUGGAUCUACUACGACACCUCAGUAACAACCAGAACCAGGGGCCACCUCCUUCCUAG